CACAGCCAAGCCAGCCAGCCCCAGCCAGCCCGCCUCGCUCGCGCAAGUGAGUGACACUCGUGACAGUUCGCACGCGCGCUAGAGCCAUGGGACGUCGCACUCACGUCGUCCUCGCCGCCGCGGCGCCAGCGCUGCUGCUCCUCCUCCUCCGGCUGCACGUGGCCGCGGCCGCCGACCCGCCCUUCUCCUGCGGCGCGCCGUCGAGCGCCGCGUUCUGCGACCGGAGGCUGCCGAUCUCGCAGCGGGCGGGGGACCUGGUGUCGAGGCUCACGCUUGAGGAGAAGAUCUCGCAGCUCGGCGACGAGUCCCCGGCCGUGGACCGGCUGGGCGUGCCGGCGUACAAGUGGUGGUCGGAGGCGCUGCACGGCGUCGCCAAUGCCGGCCGCGGCGUCCACCUCGACGGCCCGCUCCGCGCCGCCACCAGCUUCCCGCAGGUCAUCCUCACCGCCGCGUCCUUCAACCCGCAUCUCUGGUACCGCAUCGGCCAGGUUUUUCCUUCAUGGACGCGGGAUGGAUGGCAAGGCGCGACGGACGGAAGCACGGGUGUGCUUCUCAUGUGCCAUCAUCAAAACAUCUGCGAGAUGACGGCGGUGAUGCACAUUGAAAUAAGGCCUUUUCUAUAUCUUCCUACCUCGAUGACGUUCGAUCUGACACGGAUGAAGGGCGUGUGAAGUAUCUUGGUGUGGUGACUUCAGCAUCUUCUUUUGAUUUGUUCGGUCAUGUUUCUCCAAUCCUUUGGACUUAAGAGUUGUUCCCGUCUGUUGCGGAGGGUGAUGGCCCAAGCGAUGUUUCUUCAAUAAUUUCUAGUUCAAGCGGUUAGGGUGUUUGCAGGUGUCUUUUUUUCUCCGAUGUCAGUUUAUUGAAAUUUUCAAUCUCCACCGGUUGGCGUACUACCGAAGGAAGAAGAUGACCGACAUGAUUUUUGAUGUAAAUUUGUUUUCUAUCUGUCAUUUUGUAUCCAAUUGUCUUCUUAUUUUACUAGUUAUUGUUUUUCUUGAAAAUUAACAAAUCUAAGAUACUUUUAGGUAUUUUUUGACAAAUAACCUAGCCACAAGGGCCAACAAACUAGUAAAAAUAAUAAGAUUGUAAAGGAGAUAUACGAUCUUGUCCUUGAUGAUGUUGAUUCCUAAGCUAACGCCCCGUUUGGAAUUGCUCUGCUCCGCAACUCCGCUCCCGGAGCGGGCGGAGCUGUAGUUAAAAAUCAGGUAGCUGCACUUUCCUUUCUCCACAGAUUCCACGAGUGGGUGGGUUGCCGAACAGGGCCUAAGUUAGAACUGAGCUUCGUCUGUAGAAAAUUUUGUCAUGUUUGCUAGCUAAUAUCUGGAAUAAAUUCCAAUUUUAUCCCCAAUUUUCAGAUUUCUGGCACAAUGUGCUCCAUUUAACACAUUUUUUACUUAAUUUAAACAAACAGUUGCCACUUUCUACCCUUUUCUGCCAUUCUGACUAGUUGGGCCUGUUGGGGAACGUAGUAAUAAUUCACAAUUUUCCUACGUGUCACCAAGAUCAAUCUAGAAGAUGCUAGCAACGAGAGAGAGUGUGUGCAUCUUCAUACCCUUGAAGAUCGCUAAGCGGAAGCAUUACAAGA